CGCCGGGGCGGGCGGGCCGCCUGAGGGCCCCUGGCAGUGCGGGAAUUUCGGACGGGGCGGAAGAGGCGGCGGCGGGGCCUGUGCGCGGAGGAGGGAAAAUGCCUUCUAAUAAGAAGAAUACUGGAAAAAGAGCCCCCACAAAACGGAAACUUGCUGAAGUGUUUGCUCCAGGGGAGGUUCUAGCAGAUACAUCAAGAAAAGAAUGGAAGUUAGGUGUCCCUAUUGGGCAAGGAGGCUUUGGACGCCUAUACCUUGCUGAUGUUAAUUCUUCAAAAUCAGUUGGCAGUGAUGCACCUUAUGUUGCAAAAGUGGAACCCAGCCAGAAUGGACCUCUUUUUACUGAGUUAAAGUUCUACAUGCGAGCUGCUAAGCCAGAUGAAAUUCUGAAAUGGACGAAGUCCCAUAAACAGAAAUAUUUGGGUGUACCAAGAUUUUGGGGUUCUGGCUUGCAUGAAAAAAAUGGAAACAGUUACAGAUUUAUGAUAAUGGACCGAUUUGGCAGAGAUCUUCAGAAGAUGUUUGAAGAGAAUGCAAAGCGAUUUUCCCAUAAAACUGUACUACAACUAGGCCUGAGAAUACUUGAUAUUCUGGAAUACGUCCAUGAGCAUGAAUAUGUGCAUGGAGACAUUAAGGCCUCAAACCUUCUCCUGAGUUACAAGAACCCUAAUCAGGUGUACUUGGUGGAUUAUGGACUUGCUUACCGAUACUGUCCUGAAGGAGUUCACAAAGUAUAUAAAGAAGAUCCUAAAAGAUGUCAUGAUGGAACUAUUGAAUAUACCAGUAUUGAUGCACACAAGGGUGUGGCACCAUCAAGACGUGGUGAUCUGGAGAUCUUGGGUUACUGUAUGAUUCAUUGGCUUAGUGGCCAUCUACCAUGGGAAGAUAAUUUGAAAGAUCCAAAUUUUGUCAGAGACUUAAAAAUCAGAUGUAGAGAUAAUGUUUCAGUUUUGAUGGACAAAUGCUUUCCUGAGAAAAAUAAACCAGAUGAAUUAGCCAAAUAUAUGGAAAAGGUGAAGCUACUGAGCUAUGAAGAGAAACCUGUUUAUCAGCAUUUCCGAGAAAUACUUCUGCAAGGUCUUAAGGCCAUUGGGCAAAAAGAUGAUGGAGUGCUUGACUGUGGCGUAUCAGAGAAUGGAGAAUUGCAAACAAAUCCUGUGCAAAAGAAAAAAAGGAAGGCAACAGCUGCAUCCAGUGAGAGCACUGAAGCAGAAACAGAAGAUACAGGAAGUCCGCAAAAAAAGAAACGUACUUCUAAUGCAGUAGCCACCAGAACCCGGAAGGUGACAUCACCAAAAGCCAAGAGAAGCACAGCAACCAGAAGGAGAGUUCAGAAGUAAAUAACAAACUAAAUUGCUCUUCGGUUCAUCCUGGGUUUUUUUAAGUUACUGUAGCACUGGAAUCUUUUUCCGUUUUAAAUGAUGAAUCUUGUAAAAAUAUGGACUGCUGUUUGUACCUGGUUUUGAAGAAUAAAUGUUUUCUUAAAAUAUUUGCAUAAUUUAUGCAUACUUUAAUACUAAAGGAAAAUUUUUGUAACUUUGAAGUGAGAAUGCGUUUUUGUUCUUUAUAUACACAAAUUUAUGUCAUAAAGGCAGACUAAAAUAAAGUGUUUUUUCUGCUUUAUAAUGUAGAAAUAAGGCUUUGUUUACUUAUAGGUACUUUUUAAAGCAAUAGCAGUGUUGCAUCCAAUUUCUUCUAAUUCUGAGUAAAGUCUUACUAGAGGCCACUUAGAUGUACUCUGAGAAUGAAGUCUGAAACAGCAGAGACAUCUGUUAAAUAUUUCUCAAGUGUUUGAAUUAAAGCAAAUGUAAGACAGAAAUCACAUCCUGCCAUUCUAGUUUGCUUCAAGUGUGUUUAAACAAUUUUGCAGUACAGGUAGUGAAUUGUAGUUAUUUUUUGCAUAGUAUUUAUGUUUGUAUCACUUUUCCAAUUACUCAGAAUUUCAAGCAUAGGAAGCUGGGCAAAAAAAGAACCAACCAGUUCAUGCCUGCUUUCAACCUCCUCUCUCAGGUUUUCUUUUUUUUAAUAGUGAAAAGGCUAGAAAAGUUACCAUUAUGAACUACUUUUUGAAAUAUCUAAUUCCUUCAAAUGUUUGGCUCAUGUGCUUCUCAAAAUAAUGGUUUACCUUUUCUUAAUAGAGAAGCGUGUAAGUACUGCCUUGCUUGCUUUUGAGUCUUCAGAACUGUAAGUAAAAAAAAUGCACUGUGUAAUUUCAAUGUAAAAUACCGCUGCUUUUCAUUUAGAUCUUGCAAAAAUACAUAUAUUUAGGGCAUGAACAUAAUUCUUAUCAGGGAGACUGCUUUAUGAAGUUUGUCAAACCAAAAUGAAUCCAUAUGAAUCGGUGGGUAAUGUAUUUGUGUGGAUGUCCAGUCUGCUUGCUUGGUUUUGUAAUGUUUGAGUAGCUACUCACUGAAAUAAACUGUUGUAGCAUAAAAUGUGGAAUGAAUGAUAAGAUUAUGUAUUGAAAACAAGGGAAUCCAUUGUUUUGAAAUAAAACUGGAAUAACAUAU